GAAGAAGAAGAAGAAGAAGAAGAAGAAGAAGAAUGAAAAUUAGGGUUUUAGAGAAGAGGAAAACCGUAGCUCAGUCCCGAUAACCGGCGAUUUCAUCACAGAGAGAGAAUGAGUUUCCUUUUUUCUCACCCAAAAGAAAGAACAAGAAAAUGGCAGCAACCGGCGAUUUCAAUUUUCCGGCGAUAAGAGAUUUGAGAUUUGAAUUUCAUUUUUCCGUUGGGAAGAGAUUUGAAUUUCGUCAAGAGAGAAAAGGAAAAAAUGUAGAGAGAGAAGUUUGUUCAUAGCAUAUAAAGGCAUGAACAGUAGGCAACCAAGCCCAUUCUCUCUCACUGUUCAUCUCUCGCUCCCGCUCCCUCCAUCUCUCUCUCUCUCUCUCUCUCUCGAUCACUGUCGCUGUUCUUCUCUCGCGCGCUCUCUCUCUCUCUGUCGAACACCGUCACCUUCGUCUCUCGCUGUCGCUCGAACACUUCCACUGUUCCUCUCUCUCGUCUGAUAAUUUGGAGAUGGGAGGGACCAAGAGGAAGAUUCCCAUGGAGCGAAUCGAGAAGAAGGAGAGCAGAUCAGUCGCAUUCUCCAAGAGACGGGAAGGGCUGUACCGGAAAGCCUCCGAGCUCUGCCGUCUCUGCGAUGCCCACAUCGCCAUUUUAGUCACUCCUCCUUCCGCCAACUCCAACGUCUCCUUCUACUCCUUCGGCCACUCCUCCGUCGACGAUGUCGUCGAUGCCUUCCUCCACAACCGACCUCCGACAUCGUCCCAUGAUCACGCCUUGUCCAAGAACAGGGAUCGCUUGGCGGGAAAGAAACCCAGUUCGGGACUAGGGUUUCGCUGGGAGGAGGAUGGGUUCGAGGAAACGGCUAACACGCGGGAUUUAGAGGUCGCCAUCGACGAGAUCUCCGAGCUCAUGAACAUUGUGAAACGCCGACUGGACGACAAGAUGAACGAGACACCUCGCCUCGCGGAGACGACGAAUCUUGCAGAGCCAUCGGUUCUGGGUUUGGAAAGCGACGGCGGAAAGCGCGAUGAUUCUCUUGUCGGAAACCUUGCGCCGCAAGUUUCAGACCAACCCAUAAUGGCGAUUUCUGACAUCGGUUUCGAGGAAUUGGGAGAAGGACCAACGAUGGAAGGAGUUGUUCCGCUCUCUCACAAAGAGUUCCAAGAUAUCAUAGAUAACUUCAAUUUUGACGAUAUUGCCCCUGACUUCUGCUUUUGA